UGAAUUUAUGACUCCGUCCCUAGAUAUAGCAGCAUAAAACAUCAGAAGGUAUUAUCCGUUUCUCUGCUCAACAGCUUCCUUCAUUCUUCAGCAAUAUACCGACCCAGACAGACCGUCAGGAUCACCUCGAAGGAUGUCGAGAUCAUCUGCAGCACGACAUCUCCUGGUUCUGGGUUCCUUUGCUAUCUUGGUGCAGCUCCUUUGCGUUGCUAAUGCUCAAAAUCAAUCUCAGCCAACUACAGACCCUGAUGAAGCUAGAAUACUGAACUCCAUAUUUCGACAAUGGGGAAUAUCAGCAAACCAGGCUCAAUGGAACUUAAGUGGCGAGCUUUGCAGUGGAGUCGCCUUAGACGCCACCGUCUUCGACAGCGGAACUUCGAACCCCAUCAUCACUUGCCAAUGUGAAAACUCCACUUGCCACAUCACCCAACUGAAAGUUUUCGCCUUGAACGUUGUAGGUGUGAUUCCGGAUGCACUCUGGAAUUUGACUUACCUCACCAAUCUGGAUUUGCGUCGAAAUCAUUUGACUGGUCCUCUAUCUGCAUCUAUUGGCAAUCUAAUUCAAAUGCAAUGGCUGAGUUUUGGCAUUAAUGCUUUAUCGGGUGAGGUUCCGCAGGAACUUGGACUGCUUACUGAUUUAAGAUCGUUGUCAAUUACUUCAAAUAACUUCUCUGGUCCUUUGCCAUCUAAUCUUGGGAAUUUGUUGAGAUUGGAACAGCUUUACAUUAGUAGCUCUGGAGUUAGUGGUGACAUUCCUUCGACAUUUGCUAGGUCGGCAUCUGACACUGAACUCACAGGCAAGAUACCUGACUUUAUUGGGAAUUGGUCAAAGCUUAAUACUCUGAGGUUUGAAGGAAAUUCUUUUGAUGGUCCAAUACCUCCAACCUUUGCUAAUUUAGCUUCAAUGAAAGAAUUGAGGAUUAAUGGUUUGUCUAAUGGAAGCUCUACUCUGGAAUUUAUUAAGGAUAUGAAGUCCUUAAGCAUCCUAGAAUUAAGGAACAGUAACAUUUCUGGUACAAUUCCAUCAAAUAUUGGAGAAUACCAGAGUUUGAAACAGUUGGAUUUGAGUUUCAAUGAUAUAUCUGGGCAAAUUCCAGACUCACUUUUCAAUUUAAAUUCAAUAACUCAUUUGUUUCUUGGAAAUAACAAGCUAAAUGGCACUCUUCCUACACAAAAAGGUCCAUCUCUUCUCAAUAUUGAUGUAUCAUACAAUAAUUUAGCUGGGAGCUUUCCUUCUUGGGUUAACGAACAGAACUUACAACUAAAUUUAGUUGCCAACAACUUCACCAUAGAAUCUUCAAACAACAGUGGUUUGCCAUCAGGACUCAAUUGUCUUCAACGGAAUUUUCCUUGCAAUCGUGGUUCUGGAAGAUAUUAUAACUUUGGAAUUAAGUGUGGUGGUCCAAGGAUUACAUCCUCUGAUGGAGUUGUGUUUGAGAGGGAUGAUGAGAUUCUUGGCCCGGCCUCAUAUUUUGUGACUGAUACAAACAGGUGGGCGGUCAGUAAUGUUGGAUAUUUUGCUAGGAACAAUAAUCCUCAAUAUACCAAGAAUUCAUCAUCUCAAUUUACAAACACUCUAGACUCAGAGUUGUUUCAGACAGCACGAAUUUCUGCUUCCUCACUAAGGUACUAUGGAUUGGGGCUUGAGAAUGGCAAUUAUACUGUGAGCCUCCAAUUUGCAGAAAUUCAGAUUGACGAUUCUAUCCCAUGGCAAAGUCUUGGGAGACGGAUUUUUGAUAUAUAUGUCCAGGGGAAUCGUGUUUUUAAGGAUUUUAACAUACUGAAGGAAGCAGGUGGAUCCUCCAGACAAGCUGUUAAGAAAGAAAUUACAGCCCAGGUGUCUGAAAACUACCUUGAAAUUCAUCUAUUUUGGGCUGGAAAGGGGACUUGCUGUAUACCAGAUCAUGGCACAUAUGGACCUUUGAUUUCGGCAAUCAGUGCUACUCCAAAUUUCAAACCUACUGUUAGUAAUAAGCCUCCGAGCAGCAGCAAGAACAGAACUGGUCUGAUUGUAGGGGUUAUUGUUGGUGUUGGAGUUGUCAGCUUUCUGUUUCUUGCAGCAUUCUUCAUUUUUGGGAGAAGGCCAAAAACCAAUGAGGAUGAAGAGCUCCAAGGAAUAGAUGUCAAACCAUAUACCUUCAGUUAUGCUGAACUAAAAUCUGCUACAGAGGAAUUUAAUCCGGCAAAUAAGCUAGGAGAGGGAGGAUUUGGACCGGUCUAUAAGGGAAAACUUAAUGAUGGUAGAAUAAUUGCAGUGAAGCAAUUGUCUGUGGCAUCACGCCAAGGCAAGAGCCAGUUUGUUACAGAAAUAGCUACUAUAUCUGCUGUGCAGCAUCGAAACCUUGUCAAACUACAUGGUUGCUGCAUUGAAGCAGAUCAACGCUUGCUUGUUUAUGAGUAUCUUGAAAACAAGAGCCUAGAUCAGGCACUAUUUGGAAAAGGAAGCUUGAACCUCAACUGGCAAACACGUUAUGAUAUAUGCUUGGGAGUAGCUAGGGGUCUGGCUUAUCUUCAUGAAGAGUCAAGGCUUCGAAUUGUACACAGAGACGUAAAGGCCAGUAAUAUCUUGCUGGAUUCUGCUCUGAUCCCCAAGAUUUCUGAUUUCGGUCUAGCGAAACUUUAUGAUGAUACGAAGACCCACAUAAGUACCCGUGUUGCUGGGACAAUUGGGUAUCUUGCACCAGAGUAUGCAAUGCGUGGACACCUUACUGAGAAGACUGACGUGUUUGCCUUUGGUGUUGUGGCUCUAGAAGUUGUUAGUGGGAGACCUAAUUCUGACUCGAGCUUGGAGGGAGAGGAGAUGUAUCUUCUUGAAUGGGCUUGGCGCCUAUAUGAAAACAACCGUGAAGUUGAACUAGUUGACUCUAAUAUAUUAGAAUUUGACGAAGAAGAAGUGAAAAAUGUCAUAGGAGUAGCCCUUUUGUGCACUCAGACAUAUCCAAUGCAAAGGCCAUCAAUGUCCCGUGUGGUGGCUAUGCUUUCUGGAGAUACUGAAGUGAGCAGAGUAACUUCAAAGCCUGGAUACUUGACUGACUGGAGAUUUGAUGACAUAACAAGCUUUAUGAGUGAUCAAGCUACAAGAGCAAACGAUACCAGCCAUUAUACCACAUCGACAAACACAAGCACGGUAGCUGAUAUAGAGAACCCUCCAGAAAAGGCUACUAAACCUAUGCCUCAUAAUAUUUUGGGAUAGGACAGGUGAUUUCAUAAUCUUAUCCAUUUCAUCUAUUCUUAUUCUUGAUUAGACAUACUGUAUAUAACUGUAGGAUUUGAGUGACAGCCAUUUUCUGUACGAGUUUCCUGUUGUUUCUCAAAUCAAUUUUGAAGGUCUGUUUUAGUUUCUGCCAAACCAUACAGAUGGUGAAUGUCAAGGCCAUGUCUAAGGUGAAAAAAAAAAUGAAAAUCUUGAGAAACUAGUUGAUACCGAACAUCAUUUUGGUGAUUUGGUGCCGCUUGUUUUUGGUUAUUGUAAUAAAUAAUGUUAAUUAUU